CUAUUUGAGUAAGAACUCCUAGCUUUGGUUGCUACUAUUUGUGCUGAGAAAGAGCUUGGGCUACGUCAAGUUAAGCCGUUGCGCGCUAGCAGUUACUCCGUUUUGAAGCAAGGGCUAAAGGUGGGCUCGGGGAAGGAAUCAAAUGAAUUUUGAAAUCCCUUUUCUUUCUUUUUGUAUCCGUAGUGGAAUAAGCCUCGGCAUCAGCAUCAGCAUAACUAUCCCCAUCCGAAACAUAUGAAUCCUCGUCAGCCGUAGAAAGAGCUGCCACUGGAUAAUUAGCCGAACCAACAAACGAUUACAAAAAAGUGGAAACUAGGGCAGGCAAUGGGGAAGGCCCUUGGUCCUAUGGGAAAAGAUAGGAACCGGUCGGAUUCGAACCGACGAAUAGAAGUUUUGCAGACUCAUGCCUUAGCCACUUGGCUACGGUUCCCUAUCAAUUCCAUGUCUUUUUCCUUCCCUUGUCCGACUUUGCUUCACAGGGUGAGACCAGGAAUAACAGAUGCCGGAAUGCUUUGGGGGGAAGGGCACAACAUAGGUGGAGAUGAAUUUUCAAAAAGACUAUAUAAACCUUGAGAAUCUAAGAGUUCUCCCUACCUGAACCUUUUCCGUGGCGACAGUAUAAAGAAGCAUUUAGGGAUUUGUUGAUGAUCCAUGAUUACAAAGUUGAUCAAGCCUCUGAAACCGGGCUCUUUCUUCCCUCUCGAUUCUAUCUAUAUUCCGCCUGAAAUCUAAAUGAUCUGGAAUUCCUUUCCAAUUCCGUAUAUCAACUAAUGGGGACACCGGGAGGGACGAGAUAAAGCACCCCGCUUACUUUUUUUUUUCUCUCCAUCUCCAGCUUUUUUGUGCUCUGAAAAACACUCCAAAACGUGUGUGUAGUCUAUCAAUCAGAGUAGACGAAAGAACGAGGAAGGUCCUCUUUCAAAUAUAGGAAAUGGAAGUUAUGGCUAGAAUCUCAACUUCUUGACUAGCUUCUAGUUCUUGUCUUUUAGGAGGAGCGGGAAGCUUUUUAAAGAAAUGAAAGGCAAUCAG